GCUGUGCAUGUUGUGUUAAUGGAGAGAGAGAGUUCGCAAAAAGUGUUAAAAUUAAAAAAGAAAAGUUCUUUAAAAAGUUAAUUUGAAAAGAAGCUGAAGCAACCACCACGAUAUGAGUGAAUGUCCAACAGAUGAGUCAACUGACAUCGACAAACAGGAAACAAUCAAGGAUGAGGCAAACAAUGAAAGAGACAGUUCUCAAACAAAAGAUAAUUUGGAAACUGGUCACACAAUGAAAGUGGUGGGAGUAAAUACCUGCCAAGAGCCACUAACAAAGGCGGCAAAUGAUGAAGUAAAUGCUGUGAUAGAAAACCCGGACACUAAACAAACAGGCCAAACAAGUAUCACAAAGAAAAUCAGUGCCGAAACUAAUGCCGAUAAAGGCCACUCUGGCACUGGGAUUCCAAGUACUGAGAACAUUGACGGAGUGUCGAAGGGGGAAGCUUCGUCGCUUGGUGCUGAUGAUGACAGAUUAACACACGCAAAGAGUGUUAAUGUUGACAGCCUCCCCACCUCAUCCAUUGGCGGUAAAACUUCUUCUGAUGAAAGUGAAGUUAAAUGCGACAGGAAACCUCUUACGGAGGAAGUUUCGUCAAUAUCCUGCCAAAAAGAGGAAGAACAAGUACCAAACCCCCAUAAAAGCUCACAAGCAAUUAGUAACAAUAAAGAGGAAACUUUCUCACAAGAAAAAUCCGAUGAGCCUUCAAUGACACACACAGAAGCAAGUUUUAGAGAAAAACAAUCAUCCAUACCGCCUAAAUCUUCCUCCUCUCCCUCCGCGAGCAAACAUGACGAAAAUGUCACCUACACUGAAGAUGGCAGUGCCAUUUAUACCGACCCUGCCACAAAGUACCAAUACAAGUGGUGCACAAUAGCCAAUAACUGGACACCAAUGGUCGCACAGACGCAGUCUUCGGCGUCGUCUGCAGCAUCUUCAUCAUCCAAUCCCUAUGAGAAUGAGCAUUACAAAUGGUGUCAGGAAACACAAAAAUGGAUUCCAAAACAAGCACAAGCACAGGUCACCGAAACUGAACAUUACAAAUGGGAUGCCCAAAAGCAGGAAUGGUUACCUAAGCAGGCGGCACUUUCUGCCUCCGAUCAGGCCCCAUCUUCAGAUAAUGUCUAUGAUAUUGAUGAAGAUGGCCAACGCAUUUACACUGACAAAGAUGGCACAGUCUUCUUUUGGGAUGUGGAGAAAAAUGCCUGGUUUCCCAAAAUCGAUGAUGACUUCAUGGCUCGUUAUCAAAUGAGUUAUGGAUUCAUAGACAACACCAGCGAGGCAGAAAACGAAAAGAGGCAGCUGGAGCAAAAAGCUGCCGAGCUGAGGGAAAAAGAACUGCAAAGAAUGACGGAAGAAGCAAAGAGGAAUAGCGAAGAGGCAGCCAAAAGUGCAGCAGGACCUGUUAAACGGAAGGCGCCUCAAGAACCACCCAAAUGGUUCGACAUUGAUCCGGAACACAAUACCAAGGUGUAUGUCUCCAAUUUGCCUUUGGACAUAACCUUAGAUGAAUUUGCCGAGGUCAUGGGCAAGUGUGGUAUGAUUAUGCGUGAUCCCCAGACACAGAAGUUCAAACUGAAACUCUAUACUGAAGCUGAUGGCCAAAUAAAAGGCGAUGGCCUAUGUGAUUACAUUAAGGUGGAAUCAGUUAAUCUGGCCUUAAAAAUACUCGAUGAAUACGUGUUAAGAGGUCAUAAAAUACGUGUGCAGCCAGCCAAAUUUCAAAUGAGAGGCGAAUACAACCCUGCCCUGAAGCCCAAAAGGAAAAAGAAAGACAAGGAAAAGUUGGCCAAAAUAAAAGAAAAGCUCUUCGAUUGGCGACCCGAGAAAAUGCGAGGAGAGAGAUCCAAAAACGAAAAAACUGUCAUUAUCAAAAAUCUCUUCCAUCCUGAAUUAUUUGAAAAGGAAGUUCAACUCAUAUUGGACUACCAAAACGAUUUGAGAGAGGAGUGCAGUAAAUGUGGCACUGUGCGCAAAGUAGUGAUCUACGAUCGUCAUUCCGAAGGUAUUGCCCAGAUAAAUAUGUCAUCUCCAGAGGAAGCCGACUUAGUUAUACAAAUGAUGCAAGGACGAUUUUUUGGCAAACGUCAACUGAAGGCCGAGCACUGGGAUGGAAAAACGAAAUAUAAAAUUGAAGAGACGGAGGAAGAAAUCAAAAAACGUCUCAACAAAUGGGAUAGCUAUUUGGAAACUGAUAAGUCUGACACAAAAGAACCGAACUCAGAAGAUUCAGCGAAUGCGCCAAGGGACAAGGACAAUAUACCAGAGAAGACUGGCAUAGAAGAACCGAACCCAGAGGAUUCAGCGAAUGUGCGAAGGGAUGAGGACACCAAAAUAAAGAAGUCUGACAUAAAAGAACCGAUCCUAGAGGAUUCAGCGAAUGGGCCAAGGCAUGAGGACACCAAAAUAGAGGAGUCUGACAUAAAAGAAUCGAAUCCAGAGGAUUCAGCCAUUGGGCCAAGGGAUGAUGACACCAAGAUAGAUAAUUCUUUAAAUCCUGCGGAAGAGAUUGCAGAAAAUACUGUUCCGUGAACACGAAAUUUGAAGAAGUGUUGGUACAGCAAGAAACUGUUGUAUCUAUUUUUCUUCUUUUAAUAAUUUGAUGAAAA